AUCCCUACAGUGGGGAAAGAGGCCGUUUGGCCCAUCGAGUCACACGGACCCUUCAAACAGCAUCCCACCCAGAUCUACACCCCAAAUCCCCAUAACCUCAUCAAUGGCCAGUACACAGACUCUACACGGACGGUCAGUGGGAUCGAACCCGGCUCCCUGGCGCUGGACCCACUCAGCCACCGAACCGCCCGUCCUUUAUGAAAAACUUCGCAGCUGCAAAACGCUUUCACUGUAGAAUUACUGACUGUACCCAGACCCAGAGAGUGAAGAAAAACAAAGGACAGCGUUAACGGUCACCGACUGGAAAUCAUCUCAGCGCAGUCCGUUUGGGACUUACCUGAUUUGGGUCCAGGUAAGAAGAUGGCAGCUGUUAUGAAAACUGUUAACGUCAAGGAAAUACAAAAUGAAAAUGAAGCCGCUCUUCAAGGAUAUAUGAAUAAAAUAUCUAAAAAACAGACAAAACGAGCAUUGACUAAAGAGCAAAGAAAAAUUGAGGAGCUUGAAAAGGCAAGCAGACAAUUCCAGAGUAAUAUCAAAGAGUAUGAACUUUUUUUGGAUCGAAUGGAUAAUUGGCUGAAGACAAAUCACCACCAGGCAAUGGAACUCUUUUCUGAGUAUGACAAGAUUGGGAACGGGAUUCUGCAGUAUGAUGAAUUUAAACUUGGGAUGCGAGAUUUGAAGAUUCCCUGUGUAGAAGCUCAACUACACAUCUUGGCCAAAUUGUUGGAUCAGGACAAUAAUGGGACCGUUGAUUACAUUGAAUUAGGUGCAGGACUUGACAAAGCUAGGUGUCUUCAAAGUAUCAGUAAAGAGAAUGAGGAGGAGGAUGAAUCAAAGGACAUAGAAGGAGUCAAUGACAGAAUUAAAAUAAGAAAAGAAGACGAGGAGGAAUGUGAAGCAAGAAAGGAAGCAGAAACGUGUCUGCUGGUUACAAAGGAAGUUUCGACUCAUUGCCCAAGUUGCCACUUGGGAUUCAGGAAAUAUGAACGACUCUCUGAAUCCAGGUAUAUUUCUGUAGAACUCCGGAUCAUAAUCUUCAACAACAUGAAAACCCAUCCUGGUCAUUUUCAAGAAGUCGUAUAUUCCCAAAUGAAAGUGUCUGGACUGAUCAGCCGAAUCCGGGAGCACACUGGCAUUGCAAGCAACAAACUCAGCAUCUUCAAGGAUCAGUCCUACUCUCAGGAGUCACUGCUGCCCCUAGACCUGUCAUUGGAGGAAUGUGGUUUCCAUAGUGGGCCUCAUUAUUCUCCCCCUACCGUUCUUCUCUACUAUGAUUACAACAUCGAGUUUAGCGAUUGCCCCAUUUUAAAUUGUGACUAUUAUUUCACCAUGAGAAAGAUCUAACGGCUUUGUAUGAUAGAUAGGUGGGACAGAAGAAAGUAAGGACUGCAGGUGCUGGAGAUCAGAGUGGGACAGCCGUAUAACUAGCACAAUAGGGAGUCACAAAGAGAGGCAUUUGAUCCUCAGGUUCAACUGUGGCUCACAAGAUAACAAUCUCAAUCAGGCUUGGGCUGACAGGUGGCAACUAACAUUCACACCACACAAAUGCCAGUCAAUGACCUUCACCAA